CCAGUGAGCUGUCACUGGGCUGACCUCAGACAGAAGGAGGGGCAAAGACACGUCACGCGUUUGCAGCAAAGGCACAGGUGGAUAGUCUGGUAUCUCAACAUACACUGACACACACACAGUUUGAUUACACACAGCAGAAAAGAUGGCAGUGUUACUCGGUAGUUACUCGAUACAUUUAGUUGGAAUCAGCAUCUUCAUUGCUGGUCUGACCUACAUCACGUACCGGCUGCUCAACGGUUACCUGCACAAAUGGUUUGCGAUGAGGCCUAUCCCGCAGCUGGAAGGAACGUAUCCCUUCAUUGGAAAUGCACUAAUAUUCAAAACCAAUCCAGGAGAUUUCUUUGCUCAAAUUGAGGAUUUUACCCGUGAGUUCAGUGAUGCACCGCUAUUUACACUCUGGAUUGGACCAGUUCCAUUUGUGAUUCUGUUUCAUGCUGAAACUGUUGAGACCAUUCUAAGCAACGCUGUUCAUAUGGAGAAAGCCUGUCUAUACAACUUCCUCCACCCUUGGCUUGGAACUGGUCUUCUUACCAGCACUGGCCCUAAGUGGCGUCAGCGGCGGAAAAUGUUGACCCCCACCUUCCACUUCUCUAUCCUGAUGGAGUUUUUGGAAGUGAUGAACGAGCAGUCAGAGAUCCUGGUGGAGAAGCUGGAGAAGCAGGCGGGGAAGGGUACAUUUGACUGCUUCAAUCACAUAACCCUGUGUGCCCUGGACAUCAUCUGUGAAACUGCAAUGGGAAAGAAAAUUUACGCCCAGAGCAAUUCUGACUCAGAGUAUGUUAAGAGCGUGUACAAAAUGAGUGACAUUAUCAGCCGCAGACAGAGGACUCCUUGGUUUUGGCCUGACUUAGUGUACAACUUCUUUGGUGACGGCCGGGAGCAUGACAAGACACUCAAGAUCCUGCACUCCUUCACACACAAAGUGAUACAGGAAAGAGCGGAGAAAAUGUCCUCUACUGAGUCAGACAGCGACUCUGGCCAAGGCACAAAGAGACGACGAGCAUUUCUGGACAUGCUCUUGAUGAGCACAGAUGAGGAUGGCAACAGAAUGAGCUAUCGGGAAAUUCAGGAAGAAGUGGACACCUUUAUGUUUCGGGGACAUGAUACUACAGCAGCCUCCAUGAACUGGGCCAUACAUCUGCUGGGCGCCCACCCUGAGCCGCACAGCAAAGUUCAACAAGAGAUUGAGGAGGUGUUCGGUACAUCUGACCGGCCCGUUAGCAUAGAGGACCUGAAGAAGCUCAAAUACCUGGAGUGUGUGAUCAAGGAGGCACUGCGACUGUUUCCCUCUGUGCCUUUCUUUGCCCGCAGCAUUGGUGAAGACUGCCAUAUCAAUGGUUUCAAGGUGCCCAAAGGUGCCAAUGCCGUCAUCAUUACCUACGCUCUCCACCGUGACCCGCGAUACUUCCCUGAGCCCGAAGAGUUCAGGCCUGAGCGCUUCCUGCCUGAGAAUUCAGUGGGAAGGCCUCCAUAUGCAUACAUCCCCUUCUCCGCUGGCCUCCGCAACUGUAUCGGUCAGCGUUUUGCUCUUAUGGAAGAAAAGGUGAUCUUGGCGUCCAUUCUGCGUAAAUUUAGCAUUGAAUCUUGUCAGAAGCGGGAAGAUCUGCGGCCAGUAGGAGAACUCAUCCUGCGACCAGAGAAGGGUAUCCUCAUCAAACUGGAGAAGAGGAAACCCCAGAAUUCAUCAAACUAGAACCUGCUCCAGGUUUACAGAAGCUAUUUGCUGAAUUCAUCUUUCUUUGUGGUCACAGUACAUCCAUCCCAUGCUCGUGGGACACUGGGGUUGUCUCAUAAUAGCCUUUAAACCAUCGGGGAGAGUAGUGACCUUGGUGCUUGGAUUCAUAAUUAUAAAAGCUAAGCCCUGUGAAAAUUAAUUUAUUUACAUUGUUUGCUAUCGGGAAAAUAGCUACACGAUGCACUGUACUGUUCCAAUAAUGUAGUAGAAUGUAAAACGCUACAAACGGCUAAGGAAUGCUGGUAAUUGGGGAUUAAAUUAAUUAAAAAGCUUUAUAAAACAUGGAAUUUACAGUGUAAGUGUGCAUUACUUUUGAAAUAUGAACUGGUCAUUUUGAAAUACAUUAUUGAUUAGUAACUGGAUGAAAAUGAGAUAAAUGGUAUCAGUCAUUUUCUGGGUUGCAAACUUAUUAAGAAAAAGAAUACAUACUGAACAUGGAGCCAUUGAUAUAUGCUAUAUAAUUAUUUUAUGACCUUUUUAGCGGCAUUUCUCUUUUUUAUUUUCUGUUAAUACUUCUGCAAAUGCUUGAAAUGCUUAAGAUGUUGUUUUUUCCCCAUUAUGUUUGUAGAGAGAGUGUUUGAUAUAUGGCAUAGCUAGUUAUGAAAGCCUGAAUCCUCUUAACUCAGAGGUGCAGAGCUUAACACCAAACACUUUAACAUAUUCAUUGCAUUUACAAACACCACAACAAAGAUAAGCCUUUCAUUUCUGCAGCGUUUCUGCUGAAUGUUAAUUUUGUAAACUCCUUAGAUGAAGUUUUUUCCUUGUAUGAAACCAUAUUUAAGCUCCUGAAGUUUGUUUAUUCAUGAAGUUUGAUAAAUCAUCCACUGUG